AUGGAGACAGUACGUUCUCAAGAGGCGCCAGACCGGCAGAAAACCGGCUUCACUCGCGUGGAAGAGAAAUAUCUCAUUGACGAGGAUGCUGUUGUUGGCCGUGGGGCGUGGAGCGUGGUGAAGCGGUGCACUCCAAUCGCGCCCUAUGAGCCCCCAGCGCUGCGACCUGGAAUGAAGGUUGUUGUGAAAAUCAUUGAGAAGGAAUAUCUCAUCUCUUUGACCAAGGGCAACGUGGAGCGGGCCACGGCCGAGGUGAAGCGGGAAAUUGAUGUUCUGCGACACAUCCCAGCUCACGAAAACAUUGUAACCUUUUUAGAGUAUAUUGAGUCUGAGAUGGAGUUUCUUCUUUUUUUUGAGGAAGUGCAGUGCGGAGACUUGUGCGAGAUUAUUCUUCAAGCACCGGACGGGAAACUUACUGAGGAGAAGGCCAAACUCUACACGUACCAAAUUAUCAGGGCAGUUCUACAUUGCCACAUCCAUGACGUUAUUCACCGCGACAUCAAACCAGAAAACUUGCUUGUUGGUGACGAUGACAACAUCAGGCUGACUGACUUUGGGCUUGCCAAGCGAUCUAAAGGGGUGUGUACUUCAGCUGAACCACGGGAAAUCUUAGAUCCCGUUGCCCUUUGUAUGCCGUAUCCAGGGGCCGAGAGGCUUAUUGGGAAACGCGUUGUCUGUUCCGAUGUCAUUGGUACCCCUCGUUAUGGUUCCCCUGAGAUGUUCUACGCGAAAUUUACGCAAACAUAUUACGAUGGCUUUAAGGCCGAUACAUGGUCCGUGGGAGUGGUGACGUACAUUACACUCUCUGGCAGCUUCCCAUACUCGGCGGCGGCACAUGCCCCAGAGAAGGAGGUCUUUCGCACCAUCAUGGACACGGCACUUCCUGAGCCGCAGAGUAUAUCAUCUGACGCACUGGAUUUUAUUCAGCGACUUCUUAAUAAGGAUCCGCAUAAACGCAUGUCACUCUAUGAUGCAUUGAACCAUCCUUGGCUAGAGGGAGUCUCAACCACGAGGGGUUCUGUUACAGUACCGAGAAUACUUGAAAGGUUUUCUUCACUGGAGGUGACGGAGGCCUGUAAUAUAUUUGAUAAGGAGGCUAAAGCGCUGCAUCAAUGUAUACGAGUGCUACAACGCGAGAAUCAACAUCUUCGUGAUGAGCAAGAAAAGUAUGAAGAUGCACUUGUUAAACAUGGAAGAGAGUCACGCGGAACCACCACACCACGGCGUGCAGAAACACCCACGGGGGGGUCUCGCGUGCGUGGAGCUCGGGUGCCGGGUGCCUCUGGCGUCGUGCGUAUCGGUUCACCGUCACGAACGGGAGUGCGACCUGGCCGUAGUAGCGUCACUAAUGAAAGUUCUAACGGCUCUGUGUGCCGUGCUUCUGCGCACCGUAUAAUGGCACGAAGCCCACUGGCUCGUAGUGCAGCAAGUACCGUUCGCCGUGGAACUCCCGCACGUGCAGGAGGCACAACCCCCAUACGAAGUGGCACACCGUCGCGCCCGACAGGGCGAUCUACUUCUACUGUGCGAGGCACCUCGACUCUCUCAAACGGUGUUGCAACCUCCACUUCCAUCUCCCAACGGGCCUCUACGCCGGGUCGUACAGGCGUGCGUUCGACCACCCCGUCACGCUCCUCCGUUCUCAGUCACGUGACCUUGGCAAAGGAGCUCCAUUUAGGGGAUACUGUCACGUAUAAGGGGUAUCGUGCUGUUGUUCGCUUUAACGGCUCCACCGCCUUCGGCGCUGGAAUUUGGAUAGGUCUAGAGAUGCUAGAAGGGAACGAAGGAACAAACGACGGUUCCUCAUUUAUUGAUAAAAAACAGUACUUUACGUGUCCCAAGGGGAAAGGGGUGUUUGUGCGGGCGUCACAGGUAAAGAAAGUUUAG